AGAGCGCGUCUCUCCACACAGCAUUUCCUCUUCAACAGAGCGACCAGGGUCGUCUGCUCAGCGAAGUUGAGUCAACACGCCGGGAAACGCACUGCCUGGAUUCAUGUGGCACCUCCACACUCGCAGUCCUCUUUCUCUGCGGCGCCGGGGGACUUUUAAUCCUUAUCGGUUGCACUAGAAACCCAUUUUGCUUUUGGAAAUGUGUUGGUAGACACUAUUAGUUGCGUUGCAACCAUUACACGCCCAGUCAUUAAGUACCUGCGGAUCUACUACUGCAGGAGUUUUUUUUAUCAGCGAGGAUACGGCUUAAACAAAAAGGAUCUUCACAAAAGUGAACAAUGGUCAGACUAGAGACCAUCAUUUGCACUUUUUCUGUGCUGUCUGUUGCAGCAAGAGCAGAUUUUAAGGCACGGAACUGCAGCGAUGUGAGGGAAGCUUGUAUCGGGAAAGGAUUCAGCUUCGCACAUGUUCCUCUUCAGGAGAUCCCAGGUGAACACCUUCGUGUAUGUCCUCAGGGAAACACAUGUUGCACCCAGGAAAUGGAGGACAAAUUUGGCCAACAGAGCAAACAGGAUUUUGAGAAUCUGGUUGAUGAAAUAAGUCAUGAAUUGAGAAGCACUUUUGUUUCCAGACACAAAAGAUUUGAUGAAUUCUUCCUGGAGCUAUUGGAGAACACGGAGAGGUCCCUCAAUGAGAUGUUUGUGAAGACUUAUGGCAAGCCUUACAUGCAAAACUCGGAGGUCUUUGAGAACCUGUUUGCAGAGCUGAAGCGCUAUUACACAGGAGGAAAUGUUAACCUGGAGGAAAUGCUAAAUGACUUUUGGUCGCGGCUGCUGGAGCGUAUGUUCACACUGCUCAACUCCCAGUACGUAAUCACUGAGGACUAUCUGGAGUGUAUCAGUAAGUACACCGACCAGCUCAAGCCCUUUGGAGACGGGCCAAGGAAGCUCAAGGCUCAGGUUACCCGGGCAUUCAUUGCUGCACGCACAUUCGUCCAAGGGCUCUCCGUUGGCCGGGAGGUGGCCCAGAGAGUGUCUAAGGUAAGCAGCAGUCCAGCAUGUAUUCGAGCCCUGACCAAGAUGCUGUACUGCCCCUUUUGUCAGGGGAUGCCAGCAGUUAAACCCUGUAAAAACUACUGCCUGAAUGUCGUGAAGGGCUGUUUGGCCAAUCAAGCUGAUCUGGAUCCAGAGUGGAAUCUGUACAUUGAUGCCAUGCUGCUGGUGGCACAGAGGCUGGAGGGACCUUUCAACAUUGAAUCUGUCAUGGAGCCUAUUGAUGUCAAGAUUUCAGAAGCCAUCAUGAAUAUGCAAGAAAACAGUGCCCAGGUCUCCUAUAGGGUUUUUCAAGGCUGUGGCCAGCCAAAACCCGCAGGAAUGACUAGGUCUACACGUGGUGUUUCGGAUGUGUUCAACGCUCGCUUCAGGCCGUACAGCCCAGAGGAGCGGCCUACCACUGCAGCUGGCACAAGUCUAGACAGACUGGUGGUUGACAUAAAAGAGAAACUAAAGCUGUCAAAGAAAUUUUGGUCCAAUCUGCCUGAGGCUAUGUGCAUGGAGGACAGGGUGACCGCUGGAAAUGCCAGUGAUGACGAGUGCUGGAAUGGACACACCAAGGGCAGGUACUUCCCUGAAGUUCAAAAGGAUGGACUGACCAACCAGUUGAAUAACCCUGAGGUGGGUGUGGACAUCACCCGCCCAGACACCUUCAUCCGCCAGCAGAUCAUGGCUCUGAGGGUGAUGACCAACAAGUUGAAAAAUGCUUACAAUGGCAAUGAUAUCUACUUUCAAGACUCAAGCGAUGAAGGCAGCGGCUCAGGCAGUGGCAGUGGCUGCACAGAGGUCUGCUCCACAGACAUGGUCACCAUAGGUGCUGCCACCGAAGGCCCGGUGGUGGAAGCCGACCGGAGGGGGCCUGUGGAUGACUCUGCCCCGCUCCGUGCACCCUCUGUAGCCCUGCCAACCAUGCUGGCCCUCUCAGCCCUGGCACUGCACCGACAAUGGAGAUAAUGCUGGAGGAACUGGCUAAACAUGGAUAGCAGGGUUUUUUUCUUUGUCUUUUUUGCAGUUUUUGUAUUCAGGCAGAUUGGAGCUACAGUCAAACAGACAGUAUUUAGGCUGCCAGCCUGGAGGCUAGAGGAGUCUGCUCUGAAAAAAGAGAGCAGUCAUGCAUCAUGAUUUCCCACUUUCCCAAAGAUCGUGCAGUGCCAACCUUAGACUUGACAUUUUAUGGCAUCACUUCACCAUCUAACAAUGAUGCCGACAAACUCUGUUUCAGAGAUUCCUUGCACAAUGGCAGGUAUUAAUGUAGGUCUCCAUGUGGAAAAAUAUAACACGCACUUUGUUUGUUUUGAUAUUUUUCAAUGCAAAAAUUGUUUGUGUUGAAAAAUGUUGAGAAUGUGGUUAUUUGAUUCAUCUGAAAGAGGAACAAUACGUUCAACAUGUGUUAACAUUAUAUUUUGAAACAAAUACAAAGGAUAUUGACAGAAAAUUCAGGAACAUAUGGUUUCCACCUACAAUUUUAAUUGAAUCCUUGUUUCAUAGUCAUUAAAUCAUGUGCCAAUUAUUGAUUUAUGAUGAGAAGCUAUUGAAUAUUCAUCAAAGUCCUCAUAAAUCUGUGUUUGUUUUUAGAUCAGUGCUGCCACUUCAUCAUAUGUUUUACAGUAAUUUCAACCAUGACCUUUUGCGAGACAGUCGGUUAAGUAUAUAAUUGGUUGGUCAUGGAUCUGCUCUGUUCAACUUUCGCCUUGUGCUAGAACUCACAUUUUGUUUAAAGAGAUAAGAUUGACAUUUAUAUACACACAUUUGCCUUGCAACCUUUUUCUGCAAAAUAUUCUCAUAUCAUACUGUUUUUUCAAGCUUGGCUUUAGGAAUAGACAGCUGGGACUGAAUUUAUAUGGAGCACUUUAUUACCACGAAGAAGGUGCCACCAA